AUGUCGAAGCGUGUGCCAAGUUUUGUCGACCUCGCACAUCGAACCGCGGUUACAGGUCUCGUUGGUCUCGGUAUCUGGGGUCUUUGGCUGACGGCAGCAGUAUGGAAGUCUCGUCGCGAUGAGCGUCUGAUCAUCUCCGCUAACGGCGGCCAAGUGCCCAUCUCGCAACAAGCGCUCGCCCUCUCUCAGCAGCAAACCGGCCAGGAUCCAUUCCCCAUCACAAACGAUCCCGCCCACGAGCCGGGUCGCCGCGUAUGA